GGCAUGCGGUUCGAGCAGCUGCGGUGGGACGGCGACGACGUGUCGCCCGAUGACCACGUGCAGCGCGCCGCGGGGAUCGUGGCGCGCGCGACGCGCGUCGUCGCGUUCACCGGCGCCGGGAUCUCCGUUGAGUCAGGCAUUCCGGACUUCCGCAGUGCGCAUGGGCUGUGGGCGCGCUUCGACCCCGCCACCUACUGCAGCUACCCGGUCUUCCAAACCAAGCCGGAGAUGUUUUGGGAGAUGGUGCGGGCACUGCUGGCGGACUUGGCCCCGGCGCGCCCCAACCCAGCGCACGUGGCGCUGAGGGACCUGCAGCACCUGGGGCUGCUCUCGUGCGUUGUCACUCAGAACGUCGAUGGGCUGCACCAGGAGGCGGGCAGUGAGAGUGUGGUGGAGGUGCAUGGCAACACGCGCACAUGCACGUGCAUGGCAUGCGCCCACAGCGUGCCCAAGGAGGUCGCAGUGGCGCAGCUCGAUAAGGGAGUGGCAGUGCCGGUGUGUCCAGUGUGCUCCGGUGUGCUGAAGCUGGACGUAAUCCUCUUUGGAGAGCCCAUGCCUGCAGCGGCCAUGUCUGAAGCUGUUGCUGCUGCUGCUUCCGCUGAUGUGCUGCUAGUCAUUGGCACUUCUCUCAUGGUGGCGCCAGCCAACAGCCUCACGCACAUGUGUCGAAUGCGUGGCGGCAAGGUGAUAGCUGUUAACCUGGACCCAGAUGCGUUUGUGUCUGCUGAUGUGGGGCUGGAAGGCAAGGCAGGGGAGGUGCUGCCGCAGCUGGUGGCAGCAGUCAGGCAAAGACUCGGGAAGGGGCAAGGGGUAGCUGCUGCUGCUGGUGCUGGGGGUGAUGGGGUGAAUGGGCCGGGGGAGACAGAUUACGGCCAAUACGGAGCUCCCAGCGCAACAGGCAUGUUCGGCCCGCCUCCCGCCGCCGCUCCCGGCGGUAACGGCUACAUGGACCGCGGGUUGUCGUCCCGCUCCCCCACCUUCUCGCAUUUCCCCUCCGCCAACCCCCACGCGGACUUCCGCCGCGCAGCUCCGCCGUCCACCUCCCUCCUAUACCACGACUUGCGCGCCACGCCCGGGGGGGGAAGCAGGGGGAGCCCCAUCGCGAUCGCGCGCGGGUCCCCCGUGCAGAGCACCGCGGCCGCCGCCGCCGCCGCCGCCGCGCUCUGGCGGACUUCCUCCGGCGCGGGGUCCCCUGCGGAGCCUCCGCCGCCGCCGUUUCUCACACUGGCGGACCAGUUUCACCAAUCCCCCUCCGCCGCCCCCGCCGCUACCCCUCUGCGCCCUGUUCCCCGGCAGCAGCAGCAGUGGCAGCAAGGGUUUAAGGUAACCGAGACGGGUAUGACGAACGGUUUCGCGGGAGGCGCGGAAAGUGCGCAGUAUGGCCGACCUUCGGGCGCGGCGCAAGGCGCGCAGGCAGAGCAAGGAGUGGGGAGAGGAGAGCAAGGUCGGGGAGUGGUGCAGCCGCAGCAGGCGGCGCAGAAGCAGGCGGGAACGAACGCGUGGGGCAAGGGGCAGGCGCAAGACGGGCAGAGGGGCGGGGAUAGUUCGAAGGACGGCGGAACGUGGGUCACUGUGUACGGGUUCCUCCCGGAGGAGCUACCGCUGGUGCUGCGGGAGUUGGAGGGGUGCGGGCGAGUGGUGGAGCACGUUUUGUGCCCCGGACGCGGCAACUGGGUGAAUCUCAGGUUCCAGACAGCAGCGGAGGCACAGAGGGCACUAGGGCGGUCGGGGCAGCAGAUAUCAGCAGGAACCAUCAUAGGCGUGAAGCUCAUGCAGGGGGGCUCCAGCACAAGCCCUCCCCCGUCAGCACCCGCCCCUCCUCCACCCACCACCUCGUCCUCUGUCCUCUUCUCCACGCGCCCUCCUCCUGCCAUGUCGGGUGCCCCAGGCGCCUUGCCGCAGCCUCAAUCCCGCAGUACAGGCCCUGCUCGCACGGGCUCCUUUUUGCCAGGCGAGAGUACCACUUUCGGAUACCCCCCUGCUCCUGCUGUUCCCUUCACAACUGCUGCUGCUGGUGCCGAUGCCAGUGCUCCAGGGGGUGUUGCGGCUGCUUCAGGGGCUGCGUCUGCGUGGCGGGGUGGCGGGCUGUUCUCUGCUACUCCAGUCCCAGUGCGGCGAGGGCAGCAGCAUAGUACUACGGAUGGGCACGGUGCUGCAGUGCCUAUUGCCUCUGCGAAUCAGUCUGUGUGGCAGAGGUUGGUGGAUGUGGUGUACGGGCUUUGA